CUCAUCGCAUCAUUGAGACAUCAACCUCACUAUGGAGUUGUGGAGAAUGAGACAAAUUCUUCCUAUGGUGUUUCUGGUGAUGCUGGAGACCCAAGGAGGCAGAUGUGACCUCGAACUCCACCCUGCAUCUUCUCCAGCAUCCGGGAUAAACAAUCAUCUUAAUACUAAGAACGACGCACAUAUAGAAUAUAAUCAAAUUCGUGAAUUCGUUCAACUGAUCCCUGGUUUCGUGGACGGAAUGUUAUGCAGUGUAAAGAAACAGCUGAAUCCAGUCAACGGCAUUCAACGUGAGCAUCAUCUUGCGAUGAAUAAUGAAGAAUAUGCAGCCCAAAGAAAAAUUGCUCUGGCGAAUGCAGAGAAUUGCAGCGAAUGUUACCAAAUUUGCAUAAUUUUGUACGACACUGUUGCCACUGCAAAAAUUGCUCUCUCAAGUUUUGAAGACUACAAGGACAAUUUUGCGCUGGACACCUUCAACAAGACCUGGGAAGAGGUAUUGGCCGAGAUCGGCGACACGGACUUCGGCAUCCCGCCCUCCAUACCUCCUGUCCCGGAUAACGUCGACCUCAAAGAGGAGAUGGCGAGGGUGUUCGGCCAGCUGCAAUGCCAUCUAGUCGGCCUGGAAGAUGUCUUCCUCGACCAGAGUACCUUCAGUAAGAUCGACCCAGUCCUCAAGACGAAUGAUCUCGACACUGAAGUGGACUUUUAUCUCGAGAAGUUUACGAGCACAAUAGAUUACAUUGAGGAGCUCCUCGGCUACACGAGAAUGGGCAUGAAGGAGCUGGACGUCGUUCCUGACGAAGCCCUCACUCAGGAACUCACUAACCGGGGCCACCAAGUUCUGGACACGGUCGAAAAAGGAGUUCGAGACUUCAUCAUCCUUAAAAAAUACGAGGAAGGGCUUCAGUACGUCAUGGCCGCGUUCACACAGGUGUUUAAGGAACUCUGCACGAACGCUUCCUGUGCGUUGAACACGUCCUCUUGAGCCCCAUGUGCUAUCCGGCUCCUCACUUGCCGGAUAGGUCCAAGCAGACCAAAGGCGCUCUGUAGUCCAUCCGGUCCGCCAUGUAAGGAAAUUCCAGACUGACUAUUCAGCACCUGUUAACUCUUUUCAGUGCCGAAUGUACAUUGUUUAUUGAUUGUAGUUGUAUUUACAAGGGAAAUGGGGUAAACUGUAGCCUCUCAAGUUUACAUUGGUGUACCUUUUGCUCCCCAUAUGUACACCGAACAAGAACAAGGUAAAUGGUUUUGUAAAUUACUCAGAUAUAUAAGUCAUUCUAAAUUUAUUCACGUUUUUUGUUUAGGUAAAUAAUAUAUGCGCAUUUACCAAUAAUUGUAAAUAAAUGUCUUUUGAAGUCA